AGCAAACCCCGAAAAUGCGAUCCUCGGCUCACAAAUGUUCAAUCAACCAGUAGCACUGUCCAGAAGUGGUCGCCGAAAAUGUUCCUGCUUACGAUAGGCCUGCUCGGGCUUGUUCUUUACCUUGGACUUCGGUACAUCUUCUCACACUGGGAUCGCCACCAACUGCCAUCCAUCAAACCGGAAGUGCCGUACGGAAAUCUACGGGACGUGGCCAAACGUCGCCAGAGUUUCGGUGUACUCAUCAGUGACCUGUACUGGAAGUCCACGGAACAACUGCUCGGAAUCUACCUGUUCUUCCAGCCAGCGAUCCUCGUCCGGGAUGCCCACCUAGCUAAGCAGAUCAUGGUCACGGACUUCGGAAGCUUCCACGAUCGGGGAGUGUACAACGAUGAGAAGACCUUUUCGUCAAACGUGUUUUCGUUGCCCUUGAAGCCGUGGAAGCCGCUGCGGCAAAAGUUGGCACCGAACUUCAGCACGGGCAGGCUCCGAAGUAUCAUACCUACCAUAUUGGAUGCCGGAAAGAAGCUGGAACAUUAUCUGGAUCGUUCGGCGGACAAGGAAGAGGUUGUGGAGCUACGUGAAGUUGUCACGCGAUACGUGCUUGACAUAAUAGGUUUGGUGAUGUUUGACUUGAAAGUGGACACGUUGAACAACCCGGAACAUCCGUUCUGCCUCGUUGGCCAAGAGAUCUUGCGAAAUAGCUUCUCGAACAAUCUACGCACCGCUGCCACGUUUGUCUGUCCGGGAAUUUACAAAAUAACAAACAUUUCGUCAAUUUCGCCAAUUGUCGAAACCUUCAUGAUUGACCUGUUCACGCGACAGAAGGAGAUUCGCGAGAAGAGCAGCUUGAGCAAGAAAGACUUCAUUCAGUCGCUGAUUGAUCUACACAGCGAAGAUCGCGAUCAAAACAGAGAAGCUUUGAACACAUUGGAGUGUGGUUCAAAUAUGUUUGUAUUCUACAUCGCGGGGUCAGAAACGAGCAGUGGAACCACGAUCUUUACGCUUCACGAACUCACGCAUCAUCCAGAGGUUAUGACGAAGCUGGUUAAGGAGAUUGACGAGACACUCGAACGUUCCGGUGGGCUAAUUGAUUAUGACGUCAUCAAAGGAAUGCAAUAUCUGGACGUUUGCGUGAAGGAAACGUUGCGUAAAUAUCCGGGCUUGCCAAUUUUGAACCGCAAGUGCACCCAGGACUAUCAAGUUCCCAACUCCAAGACGGUCAUCCGAAAAGGAACUCAGCUGAUCAUUCCACUGCUAGGGUUCGCCAUGGACGAACGUUACUUCCCGGAACCGGAGAAGUACAGUCCGGAGCGGUUUCUCGAAGCGAGCAAAAACUACGUUGACGAUGCGUAUGCGCCAUUCGGGGACGGCCCACGUCAGUGUAUUGCUACUCAAAUGGGCAUUACCGUUGUCAAAGUCACGCUGGUCAUGCUACUGUCCAAGUUCAAUUUUGAAGCGACGCAAGGACCGAAGAUUAAGUUUGCGGCGGCUUCAGUUCCGUUGAGGCCGGAUGGUGGAAUCAAGCUGAAGAUAUCGCGGAGAAUUGUCGCCGCUAAGUGAUAUUUUUAAUGAUAAGUCUAUUUACAUGUUUCGAUCAAAAAGCGGAAAUAAAUUAUUAAAAUUAA